AUCAUCUACAUUUUCCACUCUACCCUUGCAUCUUUAACGACUCUUGCCUCUUUUAUUGUUCAUCGUCCAGUUCUUUUAUCUCUUUUUCUACUUUUUGCAUCAACCUGCGAAAGACCUUUACUAUUAUUCGCCACUCUUCAACACACGCACGUCCAUGAACUCUCUAUACAACCAUGCUUUGAAGCAGGUCAACGCCCUGCAGCGGGAUCUCGAAAAGUUCCAGUCGGGCGAGGAUACCAGUGUUGCUCUUCAAGGCCAGAUCACAGCGACCGUCAAUGCCUUCAAGCGUUCAAUCGACGACUAUGACGCCAUGGCCAAGAAGGAGAUGAUCGACGUCAAGCGGGAGAAGGCAUUCGCUCGCGUCACCAAGUUUAGGGAGGACUACGAUGCCAUCAACAGGAGUUUUGCACAAUUGAAGAGUCGAGAAGAACAGCUUUCUCAUGGAAGGAAUCGCACCCAGUUGCUGGAAAGAAGGCAAUCACGGAUGACGGUUCCGGUCGAACAUCCGUACCAAGCAACAUCCGCCUCUCCAUACUUACAGCAGGCUCAUGCCCUCCGAGAGCGAGACUUUGUGUCAAAGACAGGCCAACAGCUGGAUGAUAUGCUGCAUCAAGGAACGGCGGCACUCAACGAUCUCUUCCACCAACGCACAACACUCAAAUCGACGCAGCGCAAGAUGUUGGAUGCUGCCAAUACCCUUGGACUGUCCCGUAAUGUCAUUCAGCUCAUCGAGCGCAGGAGUUCUGAAGACAAGUGGAUCUUUUACGCCGGCGUUGUCAUCACCCUGUUGGCCAUGUGGGCCAUUAUCCACUAUCUCACCUAAGAAAAAAAAAAAAAAAAAAACAGCAGCCAUUGGACGCACGACUUACUAGUCUCGACCCUUUGCCAGGAUUUUGGAAUGAUGGACAAUCAUUGGGGAUCGGAUCCAGCAGACGGGC